AUGGAGAAGCAAAGAUGGAGGCGUAAAUGGCGAUCUGCCCUGAUAGUUACUGUUUUGGGACGAACCUUCCCAUACCCCGUGAUCUCACGAAGACUGGAAACGCUUUGGGCAAAAUGUGGUGCUCUGCAGAUCUCAAGUCUUUCCUUUGGAUUCUAUGAUGUUCGUUUCUCCAGUCAGUAUGACUACGAACAGGCAGCCAUUGGAGGCCCUUGGAUGAUUGGUGAUUAUUACAUAACGGUACGUCCGUGGCGUCGCAACUUUAACCCCAAGCUAGCCGAGGUGGCAUCUACUAUGGUUUGGGCGAGACUACCAGGACUUCCUAGUGAGUUCAUUAAUAAGGAGGCUGUGGAACGAAUUGCGUCAAGAAUUGGGCGACCAGUGCGAGUUGACCGGGCAACUCAGCUAGGGGACCGAGGAUGCUUUGCCAGGGUCUGUGUGGAAGUGGAACUGACCAAACCAUUGCUCUCGCAAUACAAGAUCGAAGGAAUAACGUAUUACAUUGAGUACGAAGGCUUGCAUCGUAUUUGCUCUGAAUGUGGUAUGUAUGGUCAUAUGAAAGUGACAUGCCCAAAGCUGUUUAAGGUUGUGGAACCAGUGGUUGAACCAAAGAACAUGACAACAGGAGAAGGCACUCAACGACCCCUUUACGGGGAAUGGAUGACUGUGAAACCAAAGUGGAAGAGCUCGAAUGGAAAACAAAUAGAGAAGGGAAAUAGCGGGAGACAACAGCGAAGCGCUACUCCCUCGGAAGAGGUUGGACAAGGUUUUGGGUCGCGAUUUGCGGCACUAAAUGAGGACGAACAGGUACAAAUGGGCGUUGGCAUGAAUGAAACAAGGGUUGAGCUCCAGGAGAAUGUCGUGGAAGAGACGCCAGGUGGAGGACAGGAACCUCAACCCCCGUCGGUUGCUACGUCGGAGAAACAACCGGUUGUAUCCCACGAGGCCCGACCCAAUGAUGAGGUCAGGGCAAUGGAAAGAGUGGCAGAGACGAGGUCGAGUGCCGAAACUAGAACAACAGACAAGAUUCCCCACACUAGUCAGUCCGGGAAUGGACCAACUGAAAUACAAAUGAACCUGAAGGGGCCGUCGAGUGGGGGGAAAGGAAAAGGAACAAAGAAUCCCAAUAACAAUGCCAAGCUGAACGGGGACACAAGUAUGCAGCAUAAUAGCCGAAAGAGGGGGCUGGGACCCAAUUCUACAACAACUGAGGGUGCGGGGAACCUAUCCCCAUCAGGACAUAGAUGA